UGGAGUUGAUCAUACUGAAAGCUCACAGCAAAGCGAACACAAGCUAAGGUGAACUCCAAGAGUUAGCGAACCACGCAGACACUGAGCACGCGAAAAUGAAGUUUCUGAUUGUCGCCUUGUUCGCCGUCAGCGCCGCAGCGGCCGAAAAACUAUUCUGCACGCCGAACUCGCUCUUCGAGCAAAACUGCAACAACUGCGUCUGCUCCGAGGACGGGAAGUCCGCGGCUUGCACGGACAUGGUCUGUCCGGAGCGGCAGCGCACAGGGAAGAUCUGCGAGCCGGGCACCCAGUUCCACUUGGACGCGCUCAGCACCUGCACGUGCGGCAAAGAUGGCACCGCGGCGGUCUGCACGCUGGGGCCCCAAGUCCAGGCAAGAAGUCGCCGCUUGACCAACGACGGCGAGUACUGCACUCCCGGCGCCACCUUCAGCCCGGACAACUGCAACAGCUGCGUCUGCAGUCAAGACGGCCGCAGCGCAGCUUGCACUCUGCGGAUGUGUCCCGUGGAACAGCCGAAGAAAGUGUGCGAGCCCAAUAAGCCCUUCAAGGACUACUGCAACACCUGCGCGUGCUCCAAGGAUGGCUUGACGGCCGCUUGUACAAGGAUGUGGUGCGACGAGAACAUCUGGAAUCCCGACGGCACCAUGAAAGUGCAUCAGGUUCAGCACGAAGCCAAGCAGCUUUGCGAGCCCCGCAAGACCUUCAAGGAUUAUUGCAACGCGUGCACCUGUUCGGAGGAUGGCCUGUCCGCCGCCUGCACGAGGAUGUGGUGUGACCGGAAGAUCUGGAACCAAGACGGCAGCACCAAGUUUGCCGUCAAGUCUGCCCAAGCUCCAGUUUGCAUCCCAAACAGCCACUUCAAGGAGCAGUGCAACACCUGCACCUGCUCGGCCGAUGGUUUAUUCAAGAUCUGCACCAUGAUGUCCUGCGAGGCUCUUGACAGCAAAGCUAAAGAUCAAAUUUGCACGCCUAGGUCCACUUUUACCCCCGACGGUUGCAACGUCUGCAAGUGCGAUGAGUUUGGUACCGACUUUGCUUGCACAUUCAUGAUGUGCCGUUAAUCUACCGGGAAAUAUCAUAUAUCAAUUAGGAUUAUCUUGAUAUUAAAUCGUAAGAUUUAUGUCCGAAUGUGUUGUCGCUGGAGCGGUGACGCAUGGCGCAUACAAGAUACAAGUCUGAUCUCUGUGAUGAUCAACUAGUGUGGGUUGAAUGUAUUAUGAUUGCUAGUCUGGGGAAUGUUUGUCACUAGAUAUUUCUUUAAACGGUUUAUGCUUAUGAAAGCACUAAACUCAGUUAUGUGAUUCUUUUAGUUAGCCAACAAAUUAAUAAAUAUUAUUUAUCAGUUAUUAUAUUAUCUUGUAUGAUCCAUUACUUUUCAUAACCAAAAUCAUAUUAUACUCUACUGUCUAAUCUGCCAUUGAGAGCUACUAAUCAAUCAUCUUCAAGACGGACUGAUAGCUAGCAGCUGUCAAAAUUAAUACUUCAUCACGUUUGAAAAGAAAAAGAAAGCGAUAAACAUUGUAGCACUUUUAUUAAGUUAAAUCAAUAAUAAUAAUGGAGUUACGGAAAUUUAGGAUCAAAU